AUCUCCCUUUUUUGAGUGACGCCAUUUACACACAGAAAAAUGUCUCGUUCUCUCGCGAACGUUAAUUCACUUAUUGGAUGUACGUACGCAUUAAGACAGAAGGUUAGGGUGAAAUAAAUUAGGUUUAAACUGGUAUGAGUGUUAUCAGCUCAGAUUAAGCAAUGAUUAAGAGUUUUUACAACCAUUUUGUGAUAAGUUAUUGUGAUAGAUAUUGGUUUGGAGUAUCUAUCAUACAAAGGGCGAUGUCUAUCCGGUUAUUUGAUGGGAAAGAACACGCAGAGCUUUAUGCUCAGUACAGACCUACAUAUCCUUCGGCAGUAUAUACAACAAUAGAAGAAUAUUAUAACGAACACAAAGGUGCAUUGUGUAAUACCGAGCUUGCAGUUGAUGUAGGAUGCGGAAAUGGUCAGAGUACCGUCCCUUUGUGCAAACUUUUUAAACGGGUAAUCGGAUAUGACGUUAGUGAGCAACAGAUUUCCUCUGCACCAAAAGGCAUUGCAAAUCUGACAUUUAAAGUGGGAUCAGGUGAAGAUUUAGGGUUUUUAAAGGACAAUGAAGUCGACUUGAUUACAAUUGCUCAAGCUUUACAUUGGAUGGACUUGGAAAACUUUUAUAGUGAAGUUAGACGAGUUGUUAAGCCAGGUGGAGUUUUUGCAGCGUACGGAUACGGCAACAAUGUUGUGGACAAAGUGAAUGCUCAGGAUGUUGUGAAUGAGUUCUACAGAGACCUUUUAGGAACAUAUUGGGAUAAGCAAAGGAAACAUAUUGAUGAACAUUAUCGUCGCAUGAGUCAUCCAUUUACAGACUGGAAAAGGGUAGAAAAUGAUGACAUUGCUAUUCGGCGACAGAUGCCUGUGGAAGCGUACAUAGGAUACCUGUCUACUUGGUCUGCCUGGCGGAGUUACCUUAAGAAACACCCAGGGUCAGACGCUUUAGAAAAAGUGAAGGAAAAAAUAGAGGUAGUCUACAAAGGGAGCGAUAUUUCGGUACAAUGGCCUGUUUUCAUGCUGAUUGGAAGGAAAUAGGUUGCACGUCCAGCUUCGAUAUAACAAGCUGUUUCGCACGUGCACUUUAUCUCAGAGCUCAUCGCUGUCAUCUAUAUUUCGUGCAGAAUUAAAUGUUUUCACGGUUAAAACAAGUCUUUAAUAAGAAGACAUUUCACACAUAUCACUUUACCAAUUUCUUUAUUUUAAUGGGGUCUGAGAAAUGCAAAACUAUAAUAGAGUAUUAGACUUUAAUAAAAUCAGACAUAACUCUGUCAGAACUGUGCCAAGUAAAUCAGGUUUUAUACAAUACAAUAUACAUGACAAAACUGUCAGCUUAGGAAAACAGUAAAUUAUGUUGUUGUUUGCUUUUGCGGGUGUCUCCUUGGUCAAUAAAUAAGCCAGUUUUUUUUUCUGUAUCGGUAAUGAACUGUC